AUGGAGUUCGACACGGCCGGCCUGUUUUCGAACCAGUCGCAGGACGCGGCGUUCCAUUCGAGUUUCCACCACCACGACCAGCAACAACAGCAGCAACAGCAGCAGCAGCAACAACAGCAGCUCGAACAGCAGCAGCAACACCAUCCCGGGGAUUUGCACACGGGCUUGGGAGGACAUGCGGGUGAUGUGUCGUCGCCCGAGGAUAACAAGAAGGUGUGUCAUUGCUAUUAUGGUCCAUGUAUCAAACUCUCGGACUGACUCUUGCUCGCUCGUCCCUUCCCGCCCUCGCCCUACCCUACUCGAUACCCGGCAUGAUCACUACAGCAGCGAGGAUCGGGUCGACCCCGUGACAAGAUCUGGGAGAUGUAUAAGGGUGACAGGACGGCUACCUGCGUCUACUGCGAAUGGACGACCGACCACCCGAAAGCGGUCCGUUUGCGCCAACACAUCACCGAGGCGUGCAAUCACGUGCCGCCGCUCAAGAAGGAACAGGUGCAGAACUGGGAAUACGACAAGGCGCAAAAACGAGCGAGCAAGAAAGCCUCGGUUGGAGGAACGGGGUCUUCGUCGUCGAUGAAGAAGGAACCUGAGGAUGCGGCGAGUGCGGCGAUCCGGGCGCAUCAGAAUGGUGGUGCCGUGGCCGGUCCCUCGGAGAGCGGGAGCGGGAGCGGGAGCGGCAGCGGCAGCAAUGGUAAGAAGAGGAGGAUCGAGGAUGAUCUCGUGCCGAUCGCACCGCCUCCAACUUCGUCGAACCAAGAGAUUGCUGUCGAUCCGGGUUUGGACGGAUUCAAUGCAUUGGACAAGUGAGUUGACUGGAGCAAGGUUAUGAGCUCGACGAGGUCCGAGCGAGCGAGCACGCGCGGGCUCGCCGACGCUCGUUGCAGUUGUCUGGGGUGCGGAGUCGGUCACUGACGUAGAUACGCCCUCCGCCUACCACCCACCCGCACUCUUGCACCGUCUUCUCGUCCUCUUGAAACAGCGCUCUCACGCAAACGAUGUCGAAUCUGCACCGAUCCCCCGUCACAUGUCAUGGUGAGUCCCUACUGUAGUUGCAGUAGAUCGGAGGGAUAGCUCACGUCGCGCGCUACCUCCGUCAUCCCCGCCCGCCCGCUGCUCCAUCUCUGCAGUGCUCGACUCGACUGCGGGCAAGCCGGCACCGGGCAUUGCCGUCAAAUUGGAGAAGUUGAACCCCUCGGCUGGAUUCAUCGUACAAGCCACUGGGUGAGUCGCCCUCACUUGAUCGAUCGAUUGAGCGCCUGCUAACGACCGCUCCUAUUCGUGGCCCGGCGCGGCAGCGCUACGGAUUCCGACGGGCGUUGCUCGAACCUGUUGCCUGCACACCCGAGGCUGGAAAGUGGAGUGUACAAGAUGACGUUCUACACCUCGGACUACUUUAUGGCCCGCGGCAUUCACACUUUCUACCCUUUCGUUGAGGUUAGUGGUUACUGGUCGGGCUGGCAGCAAUCCUUGAACACGAGCCUGACUUUUUUUUUUUUCACUGCAGAUCCCGUUUUCGAUCGCGAACCCCGAGGAACACCAUCAUAUCCCCUUGCUGCUCGCUCCGUUCGCUUACAGCACCUACCGUGGAUCGUAG